CAGCAGUCUAGAUCCGGAGAGGUCCCCUGCGGCUGGCACUGGGCGUGAAGAGUUAAAGGCAUUAACCCCUCCCCGUCCCUUCCUAAAGGAGCCACCCAGCCCCUCCGCUGCGCUCGGGACCUCGCCUAGCACUGUGGCUCCGGCUGCCGCGAGCAGGGCUGGCCAUUGGAGUGCACGAGUGCGGAGGGAGGGGGCCCCAGCUCCGGGAACUUUGCGAGCGAGCACGACGCGGUCAGUCCCGGGCAGCGGCAAGAUGCAGAGUGCGCGGUGCAGACCCGGAGUCCUGCCGACGCAGCUUCGUCCCGCCUGAGCCAGGCUGCAGGUUUCCGAGGCCCUCUCCAGCCAAGGAAAAGCUCCACAGAAAGCGUUGGAUUGCUCACUGACCCGGCCCUGCAGCCACUGACGGCCAGCUCAGCUUCGCCCUCUAGCGAUCGUCUGGAGAAGUGCCACCCCGGGCUCCUGGGGACACAAGCGGCUAUGAAGCCCACCAGCAUCCCGGUGGUCAAGGCCCUCCGCAGCUCCGUCUCCGACUAUGGCAACUAUGAUGUCAUUGUCCGGCAUUACAACUACACGGGCAAGCUGAAUACCGGGAUCGAGAAGGACCACGGCAUUAAACUGACUUCGGUGGUGUUUAUUCUCAUCUGCUGCUUCAUCAUCCUAGAAAAUAUAUUUGUCUUGCUGACUAUUUGGAAAACCAAGAAGUUCCACCGGCCCAUGUACUACUUUAUUGGCAACCUGGCCCUCUCGGACCUGUUAGCAGGAGUGGCCUACACUGCCAACCUGCUGUUGUCUGGGGCCACCACCUACAAGCUCACCCCCGCCCAGUGGUUUCUGCGGGAAGGGAGUAUGUUUGUGGCUCUGUCGGCCUCGGUGUUCAGCCUCCUCGCCAUCGCCAUCGAGCGCUAUAUCACCAUGUUGAAGAUGAAAUUGCACAACGGGAGCAAUAGCUCUCGCUCUUUCCUGUUGAUUAGCGCCUGCUGGGUCAUCUCCCUCAUCCUCGGUGGCCUGCCCAUCAUGGGCUGGAACUGCAUCAGCUCGCUGUCCAACUGCUCCACAGUGCUGCCGCUCUACCACAAGCACUAUAUCCUCUUCUGCACCACGGUUUUCACUCUGCUCCUGCUCUCCAUCGUCAUCCUCUACUGCAGGAUCUACUCCUUGGUCAGGACUCGAAGCCGCCGCCUGACCUUCCGCAAGAACAUUUCCAAAGCCAGCCGCAGCUCGGAGAAGUCUCUGGCCUUGCUGAAGACGGUGAUCAUCGUCCUGAGCGUCUUCAUAGCCUGCUGGGCCCCCCUCUUCAUCCUGCUGCUGCUGGACGUGGGCUGCAAGGUGAAGACCUGCGACAUCCUCUACAAAGCAGAGUACUUCCUGGUUCUGGCUGUGCUGAACUCGGGUACCAACCCCAUAAUCUACACUCUGACCAACAAGGAGAUGCGCAGGGCUUUCAUCCGGAUCGUAUCCUGCUGCAAAUGCCCCAGUGGAGACUCAGCUGGCAAAUUCAAGCGGCCCAUCAUCCCAGGCAUGGAAUUCAGCCGCAGCAAGUCAGACAACUCCUCCCACCCCCAGAAGGACGAUGGGGACAACCCAGAGACCAUUAUGUCUUCUGGAAAUGUCAACUCUUCUUCCUAAAAUCGGAAGCUGUUGAUUGUGGGGAAGCGCACUGACUUGGUUACCCACCACCCUAGCAUUUCAAAAAUGGCUCUGGGCCUCAACUACUGCCGGGAAGGAGCUACUGCGAGCUAGAGAGAGGGAGGGAAGGGAGAAUGCGUGGCCUGGUGGUGCCAUGGUGGUAGGUAGAUAGUUCCUGUGAACAAUAUGCGCUGGGAAGGGUGGAGAUCAGGUCGGGCCUGCAGCCUGUUUCCUGCCCCUCCACCCAACCCUGGAGCUUUGAUUUUGCACUGAGCCAGAGGUCUAGCAUUGUCAAGCUCCCGAAGGGCUCUUCUGGCCCCUCCUCAAAGACUAAGGUCUCAUGGGAAAGUGUCUUUUUGGAGUUUGGAAACGUGUUCUUUCACUGUAAUGGCAAGUGAGUGUGUGCACCUCUGCUUGGCUAGGGUCCCUCUGCAUGUCCUUCCAGCCCCUUCAUGCCGUUCCUCCAGAUUCUUUUACUUUUUAUCUUAACUACCUGGCCUUUGUUCCUCAGAGGGAGGCUGUGGUGUGCUCCGUUUUUCCACCCUUUGCUGUAGGUAGACUGUGUUGAGGAGGUAGGCUGAAGGAGGUGGAGAUGGCUUGAAGAUACAAAGCAGUUUCAUUUGCUGAGGCCAAAGUUUCCACGUAAGCUGGGUCAAGUUGUUUGGAAUUUGGUUGGUCACUUUGACUUUUUUUUUUAAAAGCCACCUUUGCAAUGAAGUUCUUUAUUCCUACCUGUUUAUUAUUCACAUUACAAACAUGAUAUUGACAUGUGGUUGUAAUGGAAUAAUGAACUCUACUUUGAAUGAUACCAGCCAUGAUCCUGGGUGACAUAGGAGAAAAACAAAUAAAACAAGGUGAAAACUGGAGUUAAACCAAGAGAGAAUUUUUAAUGGCUUGGUCUUUGGCACUUUUGUUGAUUAUUUCAGAGCGAUGUGUGACCCACUUCAACCAACUGGAGGAUGGCUGUAUUCUGUUAAAAGUACUCUUUAUGAUUUUGAAUGUAUUUCUUUUUGCAAAUAUCAUCUUUUGGAUUUUUUUCUAACCUGUGUUAACAUCGUUGAAUGUGCAUUUCUUAAGAAUGUACCACCCUCUUGUGUCUGAAAAAGCAUUACUUUAACUGAUAGGGAACACCAAGAGUUUUUCAUUUUACCUGUUUAUUAGAUAUUGAUGGUGUGUGUAAAUGUUACAGAGAAUAAAAAUAUGUUACUGUCUCCUUAGUAUGGUUUUCAGUGCAAUUAAACCAAGAAAUAUCUUGUUUUUUUUUAAAAAAAAAUAGUAUUUAAUAGGUUUCUGACUUGUGGACCAUUUUGCACAUAGCUUUAUCAACUUUUAAACAUUAAUAAACUGAUUUUUUUAAAGA